AUGGGUUCCUACAAUGAAGACAAGAUCCCCAUGCUGUUACCUAGUGAUUGGGGACAGGGCAACAACUGCACAUUGUUUAUGUUCAACAAUGUGGCAAGCGGCAAAGCCGAUGACCCUCAGUAUCGCAACCCCCGCCAAUCGGGGAAUGUGCGACUGGUGAUUGAUUUCAGGGCCGCUGUUAAUCACAACAUCACUGUGUUGGUGUGGAGCGAGUAUGAAAACAUGUACGAGAUUAAUCAUCUGGGAGGUAUAAAGUACAACAUCAACGGCUAAACCAUCCUCAGAAGAAACCAGCCAUGGAGUUUGUGGCGCUCAGCGAUACUGUGUUACGGGCGUUGGCCUUAGAUGAUCCUGAAUUACGACGCGUGUUUCAAGGUGUGUACCCAGCCGAUAAACUACCCCCAUCACCUCCCCAAACGGUCCGUGCGGCCUACAUUGUCAACACGGAUCCAGCGGGGGAACCAGGACAACAUUGGUUGGGCAUGUGGACAGAACAAAACAAGUGCGAAAUCUUUGACAGUUAUGGUCUACCCUUGCAUGUGUACAAAAAUGCAGAGUUGCACAAGUGGUGGAGUCAAUGGAAGUACCUAACCCGCAGUGACAUUACACUGCAAGCCAUGGAUAGUCAGACCUGUGGUCAUUAUGCAUUAUUUUUCCUUAAAGCCAGAGCGCAAGGACAGACCUACAAGGACUUUUUGGGAAGUUGGAGUUCCGAUAAUUUAGUGUUGAAUGAUCAAAAAGUAGCCAAAGACUUGAAACGAGUGAUUAAACGUGAAUUACAAGAUGAAGUGGAUGCCCGACCAGAUGGGCAAAGUAAUUUGAGCCGCCAGGCCUUUCUGCUUUGUAAUAAAAUGUAAUAAAAACGUGAUUUACUUGUCAAAAUAUGUGUAGUGUCUUAUCAUUAUGAUAAAAAAGACAAGUGCAGCAACAAGAGGUGUCAUUUUUUUCAUCAUGAUUACACGCGGUGAUGUGCAGCGCGUUAUCGAUGCAUUCAUUUUGAAAGAAACUCUUUAUUGGUGGUUGCAUCCCAUCGAACGCGUCCAAACCGUCCGAGGCAAUGAUGCAUGGGAUGGGUAUCAUUAGACCUUAGCCAGACAAUUGGCUCAUGAUAGAGAAUGGAUGUCUCUUAAAGCGUACAUGGACACCAUAGGUGAAUCGUAUUUAAGGGAAUGUAUGCAACACCUCAUUCAGUCGGCGUCUCCUCGAUUAUACCGCGAGUAUUGGACGGUAUGCCCUCUCGCAGACGACGACGACAGCGCGCCUCCAUCCAACGACCCCACUUUCGCCAAAACGGGCGCGGAAUCAUGAGCGUGUUGGCCAAAGCCUAUAAAAUUAGCGACCAAUUGGGACGGGACAUACGGUAUAAACGCAUGGGAGCCAAAGGUGCUACGGGUCAUUAUCGACGUCACCCUCGGCCGUGGGAAUCAUGAUCCGACACCCCAGCAGUGUGAUAAUCGCCGGUCCGUCGGGUAGUGGCAAGAGCGAAUUGGUGGAACAAUGGUUGCGGUACCUGAACGUCUUUCAAGUGAAACCCCACAAGAUUGUGUAUGCCUAUGAUCGCUGGCAACCCCGAUUCGAGCGUAUGCAACAAAAGGAGAGGAUUCAGUUUCAUCGCGGGUUACCGGACCCUCGUCAUUUGACGCAAUGGUUUGGUCGGACGCGUGGAGGGGUGUUGGUCUUGGACGACUUGAUGGAAGAAGGGGGACAAGACAAGCGCGUGUUGGAUUUGUUCACCAAAGAUUCGCAUCAUCGCAACAUCACGGUGCUGUAUUUAACGCAAGAUUUAUUCCCGCCGGGCAAAUUUUCCAAGACGAUCAAUCGCAACGCGCAUUACAUUGUGGCGUUCAAAAACCCCCGGGAUCAAACAGGGAUACGGACGAUUUUAUUGCAAGCCUUUCCGGAUCGAUGGCGCCAAGUCUUGCGACUAUUUAAUCGUGUCACAUCGCGCCCUUUUGGUUAUUUGCUGUUGGAUGUGCAUCCUGCCUCGGAUGAUCGUUACCGUUUGUGGAGUCAUUUAACACCCCGAGAAGGU